CCUCGACCUGCGACCUACGAGCAACGCGACUCUUCAUCCGCCUUUCAGUUCCAAAAGCUCGAAGUCCUAGUUAUCUACUUGGUCACAUAUAAGACAGACCGAACCGUCUUUCAGAGACACACUGCGCCACAAUGACGAAGAAGCGCAAGAGGUAUCCCGAUCUCAACCAGAAGCUUGAGCGCCCAUGGUGCUACUACUGCGAGCGUGACUUCGACGAUCUCAAGAUUCUUAUUUCACAUCAAAAGGCCAAACAUUUCAAAUGCGAGCGAUGUGGUCGGCGAUUGAAUACAGCUGGAGGUCUCUCCGUCCACAUGAACCAAGUGCACAAAGAGAACUUGACCCAGGUUGAGAAUGCCAUUCCUGGACGAUCAGGCCUCGACAUCGAAAUCUUUGGCAUGGAAGGUGUGCCAGCAGAGGUCAUCGACCAGCAUGUCCAGGAUACUACCCACAAGCACUUCGAGGAGGAGGCUGAGCGCGCACGCGUUACUGGUAAUCCCAUUCGUGGAGCCUUCACAAAUGGCGCUGCUCCACCGAACAAGCGCACCAAAGUGAAGGAAUCAUUAGAGGAAAUCACGGAGAGAGCAGCCAAGUUCAGGAUAGACAAGGCCAACGGCGUGCUUCCAGCUCCACCUGUUGAGAAGAAGAAGUCGGAACCCACGCCUCCAGCUACCCAGACACCAGUCGCGCCGCCUACGCAAACAUCUCCUUUCCCGCCGGGCACACAAUAUCCUCCUCCACCCGGAGCUCCUCAAUUUCCGCCAGGCCAAUUUCCCCCAGCUGGCCCUCCGGGAUUUGUCCCUGGCUUUGGAGGUGCACCGCCGCCAUUCCCUCCUGGUGGAAGUCCUGUAAACAGUGCUAUCCCUCCUCGCCCAGGAAGCAUCCCUGGCCAACCCGGUCUUCCCCAACGCCCUCCAUUUGGUGCUCCACCAGGUGUCGGAUAUCCUGCAGGCACCGACCCCUCGAUCGCUGCGUCUGUGGACGAGCUUAUUGCAAGUGCAACCGCCUCGGCACCGUCAGCGGACGCUGCACCAGAGAAGAAGAGCAAGAAGGACAAGAACAUCAGGCUUGUGUACUCCGAGGACCUCAUCAGCCCAGAAGAGAAGAUGGCAUCGCUGUCACGUUAUGCCGCUUUUGUUCGGGGAUGAGAUUUGGCGCGACAAAAGUAUCCCUCAACUUCGACUUUGGAAUUUCGAUAUCGCUGAGAGCAGCGGGUCUUCCUUGCUUAUCAUCUACUACACAAUUGUAACUCUAGGACAACAUCUCCUUGUUGAGAUUGAAUGAAACUUCUCCAACUUUAAACUGCGUGGUUCUGCUCAUUGCACAUCGAGCGAUCCUGAAGCAGUUGCAAGAGGCUGUAUGACCUCUUCGUUUUGUCUGUUGGCAAAACAUCUGCUUUCUUGCUUCACAUGGUGAUUGAUGAUGUCCAUGACGUGCUAAUCUGAUCGUUCUACUAGGUUGACUUGUACAACACUUUAUUGCACUAUGAUUGCCCUUAUAGGGCGUAAUAUGAAUGUAGAGGCUAUACAUGAGUAGACAGCCAUCCAAUAAAUACAAUAAU